UCAAAUUGAGAUUCCGGGAUUCUGACACAGCACCGGCAAAAGCUUUAACUCUGACUUUUAGAGUCGUUGAAACUGAAUUAGUGCAGAAACACUUUUAAGGAACAUGAUAUGAAGGUGGUGAUAUGAAUCCUAAAUUUGUUUCAAAACAUUACAGUAGGGUUUUUUUUUUACCUGAAGACCCAUUACUUCUUUCUGUUCAUGCUCAGAGGCACAGUUCUCCUUCCUUCUGUCUUUCAACCCUCCCCCUUCUCUGAGACACUGCUUCUCAGAAAAGAGGAAGAACAAUCCAGAGUAUAAAAGGGUGGAAUAACCAGCUGGUUUUCUGCUGCAGCGCAGUCCACUUCGCCUCGCCCGGGAAGCAGCAGCACGGAAUCGAGCCCUUUCAUGCCGGAUCGUUUAUCUGAGGCGUCACAGAUCGCUCCUGACCUCUCCAAACCACGAUGAUCCAAGAGUAUCGCAACGUCAAGUCCCUGGGCUCAGAGGCUGAAGACGAUCUUGAUCCCAGAAGAGGGUACGCCCCGUCCCCGUCGUGGGGGCGAGGGGCCUGCUCCGGCCGGUGCCUGGUCUGCUUCCUGACGGGCCUCCUCUGCGUCGUACUCAUCCUGACCGUCGUGUUUGCCUCCACGGGGCGCAGGGUCGACUCCGAUAUGUCGAAGAUGCAGGAGGAGUUCGACAGUGUGAACCGCACGAGCUCUGCGGUGCUGGCUGCCCUGAAAGACAAGGAGGAGAAGGACCUGCAGACCCUGGUGAACAUAGACAAGAUGGUGAAGAACCUGACCAAGGUGGUGGACGCAGUCAAGGCGGAGUUCCAGGACCAAAUCGCCAAGCUCCGGAUCAGCGUCCGGACCCUGAACUGCAGACUGGAGGACGUGAAGCGCAACCGGACAGGUGGCCAGGAGGACUGCUGCCCGAAGGGCUGGCGCUCGUUCGGCCGGAGCUGCUACUGGGUGUCCUCGGUGGAGAAGACCUGGGAGGAGGCCAGGCUGGACUGCGAGGACAAGGAUUCCCACCUGGUGGUCAUCGCCGGCUACCAGGAGAAGCAAUUCGUCACCCAGCUCUCCAAGCCCCGGAACACGUGGCUGGGCCUGAACUACGAGACCGACCAGUGGAAGUGGCUCGACGGGAGCACGUACACCGUCCGCAGGAUAGACUGGAGGCCCGGCGAGCCCAACCUCUUCUCGCACCGCAACUUCCGGGAGCUGGCGCACUGCGCCUACAUGUACCGUGACGGCCUGUGGAGCGACGAGCACUGCAAGCAGCAGCUGGCCUGGAUGUGCGAGACCGAGCUCAAGGGCUGAGCCGCGGCCGCGGGGGGCUGCGCACGCCACGCCGGCCAGCCGGACACUCCCUGCGCGGGCAAAUAAACGGGAUGCCUGCGGC